GUACUCCAGGACUCGGGCGGACGCGCGCCGCGGAGGGCCCCGCGGCGCAGGGCCGCCGCGCGGUGCGGGCGUGGGCCUGGCGCGGCGGCGCCGCUCGCGGCGCUGGCGGCCGCGGCCGCGUGGGCCACGCGGGGCCCGUGGCACGGGCCGGUCGGGACGGGAGGAGACGGCCUCAGCUUCUCAGUGGUGCUUUCCCGCGUUUCGAUCGCGUCGCCGGGCUGGUUGCUUGAGGUCAGGACACCGAUGCUAGUAGCUGCCGCAGUUUUCGGCGCAUUGAGCGUCGGCCUGGUCGUCCUGCUUAGCAUCCUCGAUUGGCUACUCGACGCCACAUACCAGUGGAACGCAGACAUCAAGCGGUGCCUGCAGGCGCACUUGUUCGUAUGUGCUACAGGGAUGCUUUUCUACAGUUCGGGAUACUCAUCCACGACAUUGUUCGUGGUCACCGAGGACAGUGUCGGUGGCGAGCACCUAAUUGGCCGGAACUUCCACUGGCUGAUAUCUACGCCCAUAGAGUGGUAUAUCUACAAGUUGUGCUUUGUGUGCCCAGGAAACAGAUCCAACUGCAUGAUGAUGAUCGUCUACGCUUUGUGUGUGGCGAUGCAGAUCUUCGGCAUCUUGGUGUGUGUCGCGCCGUUUCCAAACUUAUCCCUUGUCGCAUCUUCUGGCUGCUUUGUGCUGAUGUUCGUGGUGUUGUAUCAGGUCCCUCAAGUGCCUGAGACCGCCAUGGUUGGCCGCAGGGUUCUAGAUCUUCACCUGCUCUUGUGGUCUGCGUAUCCGAUAGCUCACUUCUGCAGGGUGGCGGGUUGGAUGACAGUCGGGAAGCAGCAGGUGUUCGUGCAUUGUACCCUGGACUGCUGCGCCAAGGGGUUGAGUUUCGGCGCCAUUCUGGUGGCCCGCCUUACACGCACUCUGACAAGCAUGACUGGUGCUAUUCAGACGAUGUUGGCCACGCACGAUGUGGUGCUCAUCGUGGACUCUUCCUUCCAACUGCUGGAGCCCUUGCGCAACCAGAGUCUCUUGUUCCACAAGUUCGCGCAGGUUGAGGGUAGCACUAGGAGCUUGCUCGAGCUUUGCGCCAGCGAGGAGCACAGCGAGCGUCUCAAGACGGUCGCUCAGGAGGCAGAUUGCCAGGCGUCCGGGAAGGGCUCGCCGAACUGUACGCUGAGCUUCAAGCUCCAGCAGGACCUGGGGGAGCUGAGUACCACUUGCUUCGUGUCCAGCUGCGUUCAGGGACGCCGGCUCGUAGGCAUCUCGUUCAUUGUUCAGGGAGAAGAGUACGCGCCGCUCACCGCGCUCCGCCAGGCGGACGCGACCGAGGCGUUCGACCACGCCAGCGCGAUGUCUUGUCCGCACAGCGAUGCGCAUCCCUCUGGAGCUGCGCUGGAGCCCGUGCUGCACAGGUGCUCCGCGAUCUUGCAGCUGGCACCAUGGCUGUCGGAGCUCGUGCGGGCAAUUUUCGAGGACAGCCCAACGGUUCCCAGCGCGCUCAUGGUCUUCGACCGCAAGAGAGGGGAGGGCGCAAGCAUCGAGACCGCGUCCGCCGCGUUCUGCGCGCACGCGUCCGGGCUUCCAGCGCCCUUCGCCCUCUCGGAGCUGCUGGGGCAUCGCGACGUCGAGAGGCUGCUGGCCACCGCGUCCCUUGAGGAGCUCAGCACGUACCAGUUCAGAUGCGCCGAGCUCGCCUCGGGUACGCGGGUCGUCCUCUCCGUGGCAUGGCUGAACCGCCUGUCGAGGGCCGGCUGGUCCAGCGACGUCCGCGUCGGCGUCCUCACUCUGGAGCCAGUCUCGAGCACUUGGCAUGUGCCCCUCAGGGAGCAGGUCGAGGCCUGGGACCUCCCGCGCGCUGCGGAGUGCCACUACUUUUGGUACUUCGUGGCCGACCGGCUGCUGCGUGUGCCGUGCCCGCUCGACUACCGGGUGGUGCCGCCCGAGCUGCUGCGGACGGCGCCCUCGCUCGCACGGGCGGCGCCGGCGCUGGAGGCGUCCAGCUGCUGCUACGUCAUCACGGCGGAGCCGAUCGAGAGCCUGGAGCCGUCCGCGGGAAGCAGCCGCGGGCGCAGGACAGAGCUCGUGCUCCCGGCGGGCGACUGGCAGGGCGAGGCCCCUCCCCUCGGCGAGCGCCUCGCCGACGCCGACCUCGCCGCGGCCCGGCUUCGGCCGGGGCCCGAGCACCUGGUGCCGCCGCCCCCGGCAUUGCAGCCGCUGGCGUACGCCCGCGCGGAGGACGCCGCGUGA